CUAUGAAGAUACGUAAUGGCGUCUCGCGUUUAUCUCUGUCGCCUCACAUACUGGGAUUGUGUAUUGAAACAGAUCGCAUCCAACCACCGACUAAAGAGGAUAUCACUAAUAUUUGGAAUUUGUGUCAAAAUGGCAGACCAACGUUUUCUGGAGCCUGGGAAGGUGAUUCGCCCCAUAAUAGACCACGAAGGCGUCAAGCUCCUAGUAGAACGGCUGUACGGCAUCUCAGUGCUAGAGCUAACUGAACUCAACGGCUAUGAUGAUAAGAAUUACAAGAUCAUCGAAGAUCCCAAUGUGAAGAAUCCGUUGAUUACCAACCAUUGCCCACAUGGGUAUGUCCUGAAGAUCAUGAACUCUAUGGACUCUGAGAAUGUCACGGUUGUGGAGGCGCAAAACGAGAUUAUGAACUUUUUGGCUACCCGCUCUGUAACCUGCCCGAAGCCGAUCCGCAAUGUGUUCGGGCACCUGCACUCCGUGGAGAACAUCGGCGGGAAGAAGCACGCUGUCCGCCUACUGGAGUAUGUUCCUGGUGAACUCCUGAAGGACGUGCCCAAGUCCGAGCCGCUGCUGUACCAGCUGGGCGAGUUUGUUGCUAACUUGGAUAAUAAGUUGCAGAACUUCAAUCAUUCCGGCCUGGUUUCUCGCCAGCAUAUCUGGAUGCUGACCAUGGUCCCGGAGCUGGAUAAGUUCAAAUACGUCAUCAAGGAUUCGGAAAAACUGGACUUAGUUGAAGAAGUCAUAGAGGAGUACAAAUACGCGAUAGUGCCGCGAAUGGACGAGCUGGAGAAGGGAGUCAUCCAUGGUGAUGUAAAUGAGAUGAACGUGCUGGUCAGCUUGAAACCUGGCGGCAGCGCAUCAGACUACCGCAUCUCAGGCAUCAUCGACUUCGGAGACAUCCAGUACUCAUACUACGUGUUUGAGCUGGCCAUCACUAUGACGUACAUGAUGCUGCUGACUGGGGACCUGAAGUCUGGCGGUAUUGUCCUGGCCGGGUACACUGUGAACAGGAGAUUGCUUGAUGAUGAAUAUAGGCUCCUGAAGACUCUCAUCUCUGCGCGUCUAGUCCAGAGUUUGAUUCUCGGCGCGUACACGAUCGAGCAAGACCCGAACAACACGUACGUCAGUUCUACUGAGAAGGCUAAUGGCUGGGAACUACUUCGCAAGCUUAGGAAGAGCAAGCCUGAUGAAGACGAUCCUACAAACUGGAAGGCCAUCGCCAAUGAAUACUUGACUAGGAGCUAAAGCUGCUGAGAUAUCUCAAACUGUCGAGAUAUCUCCAACGUUCGAGAUAUCUAAAACGUUCGAGUAACAUUGAGCAAUAAUUUGUAAAGUAUAUUUUAAAGAUUAAAUAUUAUUAUUUCUUUGUAUAUAGUAUGUUGUCAGAAUAAGGAAUAAUUUACAAAAAAAGUUGCGAUUAAUUUUCUUAUUAUUUACGUAAGUCAAUUGCGAAUAAUGCAAAGUAAUGUUGUUACUUAGUUGUUAAUAGAUAAUUAUAACAUAUAUUUUUGUAGUAUUAAUAAAGACUGUUUUAAAAUA